UCUUUUCUCCAUUGGUAACAAAAUUGUUCUGGCCUUUUUGAUUAUGCCUUAGAUUCAUAAUCAUUAUAGACUGAUGCCCGAACUCGUGAUUUGGAAGACUUUCUCCCAUGUUUUUUCUAAGUUACAACAUACAAGACGACAAGAAAUACACCUUAUUCUAGGGAGGCGUCCACGUAAACCCGAAAGCCCACCCGGUGCUUUUCUACUUUGCCUUUGCUUGUUAGGAAAAAUAAAUAAAUAUCACAAGUCCCUGAUUUUGACUGGCUAAGAUUCAACGGCCAUUUUCCAUCUUACAGACCCAAUUCGUGUUUUCUGUUUUGUAGUAGUAAUACAAAAGAGGGUCAGGAUUCUAUCUUUCAUAUUCUUUUCCCACUGGUUCUUACAAAUCGAUCUAAGGAAUCUAUCUACCAACUGUUUGGUGAUUUCUGGUGGGAAAAGUCUUGAUCUUGCUGUUUGGUUUGGAGUAAUGGUGGGUGCUUGGUUUGUUGUUGGCUCACCGGUGAUGGACUCUUCGAGCAGUCCAUGUUUGUGCCUGGAUGCUCACACGAUGGGUAACAUCAGGAGGAAGAAGAUCCUUGGCAGUGCAAGAAAUCUGGAAUUAGGAAGCUCUUUUACUGGCUCACGCAUUGUUUUUAGGCUUUCUCCGAAGCGUGUAUCGAGAAUUGCGAAUCGAAAGAGCAAAAAGCUCUUGAUUGUGAAUGAGGAUGUUGCUGGGAAUUACGAAGAUACCUUCGGUGAUGUCCAAAAGCAAAUUGUUAAUUAUUUCACAUACAAAGCUGUGAGGACGGUUCUUCAUCAGCUCUACGAAAUGAAUCCUCCUCAUUACACUUGGUUCUAUAAUCAUAUCAUAACAAACAGACCAACGGAUGGCAAACGUUUUCUUCGCGCCCUCGGCAAGGAGAGUCAGGAGCUUGCAGAAAGAGUGAUGAUCACGCGUCUUCACUUGUAUGGCAAGUGGAUCAAGAAAUGCGACCAUGGGAAGAUAUACCAAGAUAUAUCGGAUGAGAACUUGGCGUUGAUGCGUGAACGCCUGAUGGAGACAGUGAUAUGGCCUUCUGAUGACUCGGAGGUUAUUGGCUGAAGAAGGCUGCACACACCACAGCACAGCAUUUGCUUUGUCAAAUUGCUUCUCAGUUUUUAGGACUUUGAGUUUUUUAGUUUGAUUACAAAUUAUUAUAGUUCAAAGAGCAGUGUGUAUAUGAUUAUGUCUAUCUCUUGGCAUGUACUAUAUGGAUAUUAGGGGCUAAAACAAUACCCUUCUUGUGCUC